AUGGGACUCACACGUAACGGUAAACAUAAGCGUUUAAGUACUGGAGGAAGAAGAACGGCCAGACAGACCUCAAGAUUACAUAGUAUUGCUAGACAGCCAGCUAAUACUAGAAUUGGAGAGACUAAGAUUAAACAACUUAGAGUCCGUGGUGGUAAUUUCAAGAUGCGCGCAUUAAGACUUAACAGUGGUAGUUUUACUCUUCGUACGCACAACUUCUCUUUAAAAUCAGCUAUUCAACAGGUAGUUUAUCACGGGAGUAACAAUGAGUUGGUCAGAACUAACACUUUGACUAAAGGUUGUGUAGUUAAGGUUGAUCCAACGCCUUUUACGCCCUUUAUAACUGAGAUUCUGGAGAAGGAGAAGGAUAUUGCUGAGAUAGAUCCUAAGUUUGUGGAGGAGUUUAAACAGGGUAAUCUUUAUGCCGUAAUUACCUCACGACCUGGACAGUCAGGUAGUGCUGAUGGUCAUUUGUUGCAAGCUGAAGAACUGAUCUUCUAUGCCGAGAGGUUCAAGACAACCAAGCAAAGGAAAUAA